AUGUCCACGAAACGAUCCCGCGAUACCGAUGAUGUCGCCGAUGCACAUACCAACACCGCAACAGAAACCCAUAAACGCAGAAAAGGCUUCACAGUCGGACCCGAAAAUCUACCCGAUGGCACAUAUCGUCGCAAAGCACAAAAAAUAAAACGAGACCUCAUUCAAAAAGCCAAAGUGAAAAAAGCAUAUGCCAAAAUCAAAGCCGCCGAAGAAGAAUCCGCUGUUCCAAUAACGAGGAGGUAUUAUGAGAAUGAGGAGACAUCGACCUCGACAGACAACAAACCCGCAGACUCAGCGGCUGGUCUAGAGCUACAUCCAGAUCGUCAAGCCAUGCUCGACGCACCGGAACCAUCAACAGAAAUUCAACACAACAGAGAAAACAAGAACAACAAUCGAGAGCGGAAUCGUCAGAAGCGACGCCCAAAACCCAAUGCUUUCCAGAAAGAAAUGGAACUAGCUGAAAAACGCAGAAAGGAGCAAGAAGCGCGUCAGAAGGAAAGGGAGCUCAAGGCUAAAGAACGGCAGGCGAUGGCUAGGGCAAGAAGACCAGAUCAAUUCGGAAAGCGGAGGUUGGGGAGGGAGAGUAAAGUGUUGUUGAGUAAAUUGCAGAGGACGCUAGGUGCCCAGCAACCAUAA